AUGGGACCAAAGCGACAGGACAAGGCCGGCGAGGGUGGUGACCCCGUCGAAGAGGGUAACAACCCUGAGGCCGAGGUGGCAAUCGAGGCCCCUCGAGGUGAGCCUGAACAGGUCAGGCUCGACAACAAGAUCACUGAACAGCGGUUCAGUUACGACAAGAUGCUCAAAGCUAUGGAAGUCGUCACGCCAAAGCUCAACAGGCUCAACUUCUUCGCAUGGAGGGUCAAGGUAUUCAACGCCCUCCAGACCAUCACCUAUGGUCUCAAGCACGUGCAGCGAAAGAUCCACCCUGGAUCGGAGCUAUGGGACGAGACCUACGACGUCUGGAUCCGACAAGCAAUCGCCAGUAGCGUGCGAACCUGGCAUGAAAAGCGGGAUUGGAUCUGA